CCACAGUUUGAUUCAUGUUGAGUCGCUGCGGAAAAUCUUUUGUCUUCGUCGAUUUCAUGAUUUGAAUGUCAAUAUGGAUUCUCAGAAAGAUUUGCAACCUCCCAAGCAACAACCCAUGAUCUACAUUUGUGGAGAAUGUCACACAGAAAAUGAGAUCAAGGCCAGAGAUCCAAUCCGAUGCAGAGAGUGUGGAUACAGAAUAAUGUACAAGAAAAGGACAAAGAGAUUGGUUGUGUUUGAUGCAAGGUGAACUGCUACAACACGCAGCUCAUCUGGCCAUCGCUUCCAAUUGUCACGCGUGUUCUGCCCCCGAUUUUCAGUCUGUAAAUAUAUUAAACUGUGCUAUUGAUAUUUCUAAGUUUCCUGCAGCUUUUCAAACAAAGAAAUUUUAUUAAAAAAAAAAACCUCA